CUUCCGGCGGUUGUUUGGCUGGCUGUUUGAAAUGAGAUAGCUGGCUCUAUAAAGCAUACUUUAAAUGCUUAAAUGGCAGGUUUAUUAAAUGUGGAAACCCGCUGUGGAACAAGAAGAGUCCUCUAGACUAGUACACGGGACCAACUUCGCCCUCUCGACUCCGUACUAUGUUCAAAAAGAUGACUGAAUUUGGUCCAGAUUCCGGGGGGCGAGUUAAGGGAGUGACCAUUGUGAAGCCUAUCGUGUUUGGGAACGUCGCCCGCUACUUUGGGAAAAAGAGAGAAGAGGAUGGACACACACAUCAGUGGUCUGUGUAUGUGAAGCCUUACAGAAAUGAGGAUAUGUCCGCCUAUGUGAAGAAGAUCCAGUUCAAGCUACACGAGAGCUACGGCAACCCGCUGAGAGUGGUGACAAAGCCUCCGUAUGAGAUUACAGAGACGGGCUGGGGGGAGUUCGAGAUCAUCAUCAAGAUCUUCUUCAUUGACCCCAAUGAGAGAUCCGUCACUCUGUACCAUCUGCUGAAGCUGUUCCAGUCAGACUCCAGUGCCAUGCCUAAGAAGACAGUUGUCUCUGAAUUCUACGAUGAAAUGAUCUUCCAGGAUCCCACAGCCAUGAUGCAGCAGCUACUGACCACAUCAAGACAACUGACCCUCGGAGCAUACAAGCAUGAGACAGAAUCUGAUCUGCGGAAGCAGAGGACCAAGGAGAAAAUGGAACAGCGGAAAGAGAGAACCACAGAGAUCACAGAGCUGAAAGACAAAUGAAAGCCAGCAGAGAGAACAUCAACCACCUGGAAGGCAGAGAUCAGGAAACUGGGAGGAGGAUGGAGAUCACAAGGAGCACUUGAGAAAUGGACACAAACACACACACACACACACACACACACACACAACACACACACACACACACACACACACACGGACAUGAUUGUUAAAGCAGGGCACAACCUGCCUAUUUUUGUGUUCCUAACCAUAUAACCGAUUAAAAAAAGAAACAGGAAUUGUUGUGAAAUAUUUUUUGAUAACAUUUUUUUUAAUUGUAUGCUUUUGUUUACCAUGAACAAUCAAUAUUAAAUAGCCCAGAGAAGACAUAAGACCCAUUAUUACAGCACUGAAAAAUGAUAAUCAGAACUUUGGGGGUGUUGUCAGCUGUCUUGUGACUGGAAAAAAGGAUUUUGUUUGGUUCUCUCUGUCGUCAUUUGUACCAUAACAUUGCUGGAUCAGUGGGCUGUGAGGUAAAAUAACAAAAGUCUGUAUUUUUCUGAUUAGUUUUUAUAACAGGUUUUGUCCUGUCGUCUUGAUGUAAUUGAUUCCCUGUGAUAUAACCAUGAGCAGAGGUCUGCUCAGCCAGAAUCACAGAAGCAUCCCCAUAUUAUUCACGCCAUUUUCAAUGUGAAUAGCUAAUUUGUUUGUUUUUUACUGAUCUUGUGGUUUUCUAUGUAAAGUAAAUGUCCUUUCAGUAUCGCUUGUGUACGUUUAUUCUGCUGUAACCAUUCGGAUGUGAUUCAUAAAACGUGAUGGAAA